GGCGUCCAUCUUGCACAGAUGCGCAGGGCAGACCCAACCCUCCCUUAAUGACACCUUGCCCGCCUCCCGCUGGGGCAGAGGGGAGGGGGCCAGCCCAGCCUAAGCUGUGGUUUCUUUUUCCAUUGCGUCAGGCCUCAGGGUCCGGCUGGCCUGCCUGCUGCCGGGCUGGCACAGAGGGCCACUCUGACCCCUGCUGCCCCAGCCCUGGCACCAUGUGCUCCCCGUUUCGAGCAUCCAGGAGCUUCCUGCCAGAGGAUUGCCAGGAGCUGCUGCUGCCACCACCCACCCCGAUGGCCUACAUACCCGGUGGGGGAGCCCCAGGGGCUGGGGCCACCCCCCUGGGCUCCCAGCACUGCGUGUGCAGAGUGGAGCUGUCCGUGAGCGGCCAGAACCUGCUGGACCGGGACGUCACCUCCAAGUCCGACCCCUUCUGCGUCCUCUUUACGGAGAACAACGGCAGGUGGAUGGAGUAUGACAGGACGGAAACGGCGGUCAACAACCUCAACCCUGCGUUCUCCAAGAAGUUUGUCCUCGACUACCACUUUGAGGAGGUGCAGAAGCUCAAGUUUGCCCUGUUUGACCAGGACAGGUCCAGCACGCAGCUGGAGGAGCAUGACUUCCUGGGCCAGUUCUCCUGCAGCCUGGGCACGAUCGUCUCCAGCAAGAAGAUCACCCGGCCUCUGCUGCUGAUGAACGACAAGCCCGCGGGGAAGGGCCUGAUCACGAAUCCCAUCUGCUCUCUUCCUGUCGCCUGGAGUGCCCCGCCCAGCCCCCAGACAUCAGUGGUCACCAUGGCUCCAUCUCAGGCUUCCACACCAGCUUCCUGUUCCCAGCGGGUCCAGCCCUGGCUGGGCUGGGGUCCAAGGAUCAUGAUCGCAGCCCAGGAGCUGUCGGACAACCGGGUCAUCACGCUGAGCCUGGCGGGCAGGAAGCUGGACAAGAAGGACCUCUUUGGGAAGUCGGACCCGUUCCUGGAAUUCUACAAGCCCGGGGACGAUGGCAAAUGGAUGUUGGUGCACAGGACUGAGGUGAUCAAGUACACACUGGACCCCGUGUGGAAGCCAUUCACCGUGCCACUGGUGUCCCUGUGUGAUGGGGACAUGGAGAAGCCCAUCCAGGUCAUGUGCUACGACUAUGACAAUGACGGGGGCCACGACUUCAUUGGCGAGUUCCAGACGUCAGUGUCCCAGAUGUGCAUGGCUCGCGACGGUGUCCCGCUGGAGCUGGAGUGCAUCAACCCCAAGAAGCAGAGGAAGAAGAAGGGCUACAAAAACUCGGGCGUCAUUGUCCUGCGUUCCUGCAAGAUACACCGAGACUAUUCCUUCCUGGACUACAUCCUGGGGGGCUGCCAGCUCAUGUUCACGGUUGGGAUAGACUUCACAGCCUCCAAUGGGAAUCCCCUGGACCCUUCUUCUUUGCACUAUAUCAACCCUCUGGGCACCAACGAGUACCUGUCGGCCAUCUGGGCAGUGGGGCAGAUCAUUCAGGACUAUGACAGUGACAAGAUGUUCCCGGCUUUGGGAUUCGGAGCCCAGCUGCCCCCAGACUGGAAGGUCUCCCACGAGUUCGCCAUCAACUUCAACCCCACCAACCCCUUCUGCUCAGGCGUGGAUGGCAUCGCCCAGGCGUACUCGGCCUGCCUGCCCCACAUCCGCUUCUAUGGUCCCACCAAUUUCUCCCCCAUCGUCAACCACGUGGCCAGGUUUGCAGCCCAAGCGACGCAGCAGCAGACGGCCGCGCAGUACUUCAUCCUCCUCAUCAUCACGGAUGGUGUCAUCAGCGACAUGGAGGAGACCCGGCAUGCCGUGGUGCAGGCGUCCAAGCUGCCCAUGUCCAUCAUCAUCGUGGGCGUGGGCAACGCUGACUUUGCCGCCAUGGAGUUCCUGGACGGGGACAGCCGCAGGCUGCGCUCCCACACGGGCGAGGAGGCAGCCCGGGACAUCGUGCAAUUUGUGCCCUUUCGGGAGUUCCGCCACGCAGCAAAAGAGACUUUGGCCAAAGCUGUGCUGGCAGAGCUGCCCCAGCAAGUUGUGCAGUAUUUCAAGCAUAAAAACCUGCCCCCCACCAACUCGGAGCCCGCCUGAGCCCAAGGCCCAGCAGCAGCAUGCCCAUGCCGCCGCCCCUCCCCAGGAACAUGCACGCUCACCCUGCUUCCUUGUGGGUGGUCUUUUUUUAACGGAUCCACAUUUUUAUUUUUUACAACCGGACCUCCACCCCCAGCUUCCCGGGCCCAGCUGGGCUUCCUCGUGGGAGUCGACAGAUGAUGCUUCCAGGCCAAACAGGCUUCCUCUCCCCUCCCCCAGCCACCCUUAAGUAUUGAAUGUACUUUGUAUAAUUUUAGUGGAAUUAUUAUUGUUAUUAAAGAGAAUAAAAUUUUUACAAUCAUAACUGGGCUUUUUCCAAGUAACUAGCUGCAGAAAGGAAUGUGUCCCUGGUGCGCACUUUGUGUCGUGGCCUGCUGUUUUUACACUGUGACUGUGUUCUGUUUGUUACGCUCAGGGUAAUAAAGGAGUUUUAGAUGU